GCCGGCCAAAACAUGCAUUUCUCUAAAAUGUCCGCCGAACAAAAUAUCUGUUGUUCACCUACAAUCGGAGGAUAUAGCAGGGUUCGAGGUCCGACCCCAUUACUGAAUCUCCCGACCGUCAAAUUUUCGGUUUCAACCGUCCGUGCCGACAAGCAUGAGGCGUUCUUCGCAACAUUUGGAGCAAAUCUUCAUCGGAGAAGCGCUAUUUACCAACCAAACAUUUGGAAUUACGACUUCAUACAAUCUCUUCACAGUGAAUUUGGCGACGUGGAACACCAACGAAGGGCUCACAAGCUAAAAAAAGAAGUGUUGCGCGGCCUUCUUUUUGACGAAUCAUUGGAUGCAGUGGCAAAACUGGAACUCAUAGACAACAUAGAAAAGAUGGCAAUUUCCCAUCAUUUUGAGAAGGAAAUUGUGGAAUGUCUUGACCACAUCAUGCUCUCUUCUGCUAAUACAAAGUUCCUUCACUCUAAAAUGGAUCUCUAUGGCACUGCUUUACAUUUUAGGGUUCUGAGACGAUAUGGCCAUGAUGUUUCACAAGGGAAAUUGCCCUAAAUAGGAGUAAAUGAGGUUUGAAAUUCCAAAAUAGGACUACUAUGUUUUUCUUCCCGAAAUAGGAGUUAUUACUUUCAUGAUCGAAAAAUACUGUCAUGAUUGAAAAAUACUGUCAUUAAUUAUAAUAAAUAUUGUCAUGUUAAAUGCACUGCAGUGCAAUUAUUUGACAGUCACGUCUACAAGAUGACAGUAAAUACUGUCAUUUAAUCCUAUUUCAGAAAUAAAAACAUAUUAGUCUUAUUUUGGAAUUCCAAACUCCAUUUACUCCUAUUUUAGAAAAUCUCCCUUUGAUUUACGGAAAUGCGCAAACGAGCAGAUGUGUUUAUGGCUUUCAUGGAUGAAAUGGGAGACUUUAACAUAAAACAAGAGCCUAGAACAAUACUAGAGCUUUUGGAAGCCUCAUAUUUGGCCUUAGACGGCGAAAGCAUCUUGUUCAAGGCUCGACUUUUUUGCACGGAGACCCUCAGGAAUGGGAUAGUUUCACAAAACGGGCCUGACAAAGACGACAUUAGUCAUCGCUUAUCAGAGCUUCCUUUGCACUGGACACCCCCUUGGUUUGCUGCGAGAAGAGAAAUUUCUCGACUUGAAAAAGAUAAUUCAAACUCAAAGUAUUCCAACCUUUUUUAUUUUGCAAAAUUGAACUUUAAUAUAGUUCAAGCUGAGCACCAAAAAAACCUUGUCGAUAUCGUAAGGUGUAGUGUCUGAGCUGGAACACGGGGAGUCCAGAAAAUGGCUGACCAAGGCCACAAUAUUGAGUUUAAUAGUGGACGAUAUUUAUGACAUCUAUGGGUCCAUACCAGAUUUGGAAAUCCUCACAAAUGCUAUUGACAUGUGGGACCCUAACAGAGUUGGGGAUUUACCUGAGUGCAUGAGGAUAUGCUUUGAGGCACUUGAUAAUAUCACCAAUGGUAUUGUUCUUCACAUUUGUGAACACAAGGGUUGGGACGACAACUCGGCUUUACCAUGUUUACGAAGAGCGUGGGCAGAUUUUUGCAAAACAUUACUAGUUGAAGCAAAGUGGGAGUCAAUAAGAUACACACCAACGUUGAGGGAGUACUUAGACAAUGGGUGGAUAUCAUCAUCAGGCCCGCUGCUUCUACUCCAAUUAAUUCUAGGGGUAGCCCAGGAUUUCUCUGAAGUUAUGGAGUUCAUUCAAAAGAGGAGAGAUCUUGUAUAUAACACCUCGCUUAUAAUCAGGUUAUGCAACGAUCUAGGAACUUCAAUUGUAAGACCAACACUCCCUUGUAUGCGACAAUGCAUUAAUUCACUCUUGUUUGCACUUUAUCCAUAACUCCUAAUCUAAUGUAUACUACCUUAAUCUCGAAAAGUUCGUCAAAUUGACUUUUCUUGGUCAAUGAUGAUAAAUUUUAGAUAGUGAUUUCAAUUAUUAUAUUUGUAUACUACCUCCGUCUCUUUUUACUUGCAACAUUCCCUUUUUCAUGUUUGCCAAUGCAAAACUUUGAUCGUCAUUAUAAUGAGAUGAAUUUAAAAAUAUUUUUUAAAAAAAAUAAUUCACAUAUAUUAAUAAAUAAAAUGUAGUCAAAGUAAAGUACAUGAAUAGUGUAAAUAUUCCAAUGUUGCAACUAAUGCGAUACGGAGGAUGAUAUAAUUUAUAAUGUGUAUACUUUUAUAAAUAAUAUUUUGAAUAAGGAACAUUCUGAUAUAAUUUCUAUAUGGGAACUUCCUAAAUAGGAGUAAAAAAAAUUUGAAAUUCCAAAAU